AUGGCGGAAGUAGUACAAGCCCGCACGACACUCACUCCAUCUUCUCCCUCUCGCAAGCGCUCGGCGUCUCCAGAUGUAGAGCCCACCGCGGACUCGACCAGCGGCGCACUCACCACGACGAACAACGAAACCUCUCUCUCCGAACCACCCGCAAAGAAGACCAAACUGAUCCGGCGCAAGCGGCGACCGGCGCGCCCACAAGUCGAUCCCUCAACCAUCACAUCCGAGCCUCCCCCACAAACCGGCACAAUCUUCAAUAUCUGGUACAACAAAUGGUCCGGCGGCGACAGGGAAGAUGCAUACCUCUCCAAGACAGCAGCCCCCUCUCGCUGCAACAUCCGCAAUGACUCAGGCUGGACGGCCGCAGACAAGACUCCAGGAAGCUACUUCUGCCUAUUCUUCGCACGGGGCCUGUGUCCCAAGGGCCACGAAUGCCAAUAUCUGCACCGCCUACCAACCAUCUACGACGUCUUCAAUCCUAACAUAGACUGCUUCGGGCGCGACAAGCACAGCGACUAUCGGGACGACAUGGGCGGUGUAGGCAGUUUCACUCGACAAAACCGCACACUGUACGUCGGCCGGAUCCACGUUACGGACGAUAUUGAAGAAAUAGUCGCCCGCCACUUCCAGGAAUGGGGCGAGAUCGAGCGCACUCGUGUACUAACGGGCCGCGGCGUUGCCUUUAUCACAUAUGUCAAUGAGGCGAACAGCCAAUUCGCCAAAGAAGCUAUGGCGCAUCAGGCGCUCGACAACAGCGAGAUUCUUAAUGUUAGAUGGGCUACCGUCGAUCCGAACCCGCUCAGCCAAAAGCGCGAAGCCGCCAGGAUCGAAGAACAGGCUGCGGAAGCGGUCCGUCGGGCUCUGGGCGAAAGAGCGGUGCGCGAGAUCGAAGGACGGGAAACAGCUGAGGAGCGCGAGCAACGGAAAAUUGAGUCCGGGUAUGGACUGGAAGGAUAUGAGGCUCCAGAGGACAUAUGGUUCAAUCAACAGAAGGCGCUGGAGGGACAGCAAAGUGAGCAGAGGUUACUCGAGGCACCCUCUCAAGAACACACGUUGGAGGAGCAGCAGGACGACUCCUUACCGAGUACGGAGCAGCCUACUGAAGAAGCGAACGGCCACGAGAACGGCAUAUUUUCUGGGUCUACACUUGCUGCGCUGAAAGGGUAUGCAAGCGCUUCGAAAGGAAAUUCAAGCCCAGCACAGGCUGCACCGCCCAAAUCGGCAGGACCCUUGGUUGGGUACGGUAGUGACGAUGACAGUGAUUAG